CAAAAGAUAUUGUUUUUAUUUUUAAUCAUAUUAUUUCGAAUUCUCAAUAUUGUAUUUCGAAUAUGGCUGUGUACAACUUUCUUCUACCGGGACGAACAUUCGUUGUUAAUGGGUUCAGAAGUCUUUUGAUUUCAAGAGUUCUAGUAAGAUAUCAGUCCAAUGAUAAUAUUCAUCAGAGAGAAGAAGAAUAUAAAUCAUCAAAUGAGGAAACUGAAGAAGAGUAUGAACAAAAAACAAAGAGGAAAAUCCUUAUUGCAUCGAUGAAUUUUGUUCCAGAGUUAGGAUGGAGCCGACAAGCUAUUAGUGCUGGUGCUGAAUCUAUUGGUUAUCCUGGCAUAAUUCAUGGAAUGUUUCCGAAUGGCGGUGCAGAAUUAGUUGCACAUUUUUAUUCAACCUCCAAUAAUGAAUUGAAUCAAAUUCUGAAAGAAAAAUAUGAGACAAUUCAAGCAGAUCCUGCAAAAAAAGUAGAAAAUCCAAGAGAACAGAUCAGUUAUGCUAUGGAAACCAGGCUUAGAAUGAUAAUACCUUACAAAAAAAAUUGGUCGCAGGCAAUAGCACUUAUGACACUUCCACCAAACGUUCCAACAUCACUAGCAAAUUUAGUUACAUUGGUCGAUGAUAUUUGUUAUUAUACUGGCGAUAGAUCCAUUGAUAUCACUUGGUAUACUAAGAGAAUAGUAUUAGCAGGUAUUUAUAAAACAACAGAAUUAUAUAUGCUUCAAGAUAACAGCAAUGAUCAUGAACAUACGUGGAACUUUUUGAAAAGACGAAUAGAUGAAGCUGAUCAAUUGCAUAGAAUUAUAUCUGCAACUUCAGAUUUACAACCAGAACAGACUUUGAAACAAGUAAAAGAAAUAGCCAGUGCUACUAUAAUCACUGCACGUAAUAUACUUGGAUGGAAUGUGUACAGAUAAGUUUUUUAAAUGAACUAGAAUUAAUAUGCAGUAUCUGUAGAUAAAUUUAAUUCAAAUAUUUCUUAUAAGGAUUACCUGGAUUUGUAACAUACGAAUAACUUACAUUAUAUUGAAAAAAAUUUUGCUUA